UAUAGUCUUUGGUUUCCAUAUAGAGCCACUUCAAACAGUCAAUCGUAAGGCUGUAAACGAACCGAAUGUUCAGCGAACAGUUCGUGAACCGUUCAGCGGGAAGUUCGUUUAACGAACAUGAACAAGAAAUUUCGUUCGAUUAGUUAAAUGAACGAACAUGAACAGAGGUCUCGUUCAUUCGAUUGUGUUCGUGAACGUUCGGUAAGGUGUUCGUGAACGUGUUCGUGAACGUGUUCGUGAACAUUCGUUGAUUUGCGUUCGUUUAUGUUCAUAUGUUUGUGUUAUAUGUUUGUGUUUUAAUUGAAGAUCUUUGUACUUUCUUAUAUACUUUCUUAUAUUUUAUGUAUACUUUUUAUAUUAUUAAACUUUUAUUUAUUUUAUUACUCUAACAAUGAAACUAGGAAACCCACUUUCACCUUGUUUAUGCAUCAUUUGCCUUUCAUUUCUCAUUAUUUACAUCGGCGAAUACGAUCGACCUCUGUUCCACAAUAAGGGAUUCAAGUUUGAGUGCUACUCUUUGGGCCAUCUAUCUUUAUCCUUCGCCGCGUUCGCCAAAUUUAUUUGUGUUCGUUUGUGUUCGUGAACCGUUCGCGAACACGCUCAUUUCCUUAACGAACGAACAUGAACAUAAAAUCUCGUUCGGUAAGUGUUCAUGAACCGUUCGUGAACACAUUUAUUUCCUUAACGAACAAACAUGAACAAUGGCUUGUUCGUGUUCGUUCGGUUCGUUUACAGCCCUAGUCAAUCGUCUUUGUUUUUAGAAGCCUAUGGCAGCUACUUCCAAAAGAUUAGAGGGAAAGGUGGCGUUGAUAACCGGAGCAGCAAGUGGAAUAGGAGAGUGUUCUGCAAAACUAUUUGCUAAACAUGGUGCAAAAAUCGUCAUUGCAGACAUUCAAGACCAACUUGGUAAAGCAGUUUGUGAAGCUAUAGGUUUUUCAAAUUCGAUAUAUGUUCAUUGUGACGUAGCCAAUGAAGAAGAUGUUAAAAAUACUGUGGAUAUUGCAGUCGCCACUUUUGGAAAACUCGAUAUCAUGUUCAAUAAUGCAGGUAUAGUAGAUUCUUACAAGGCACGCAUCAUCGACAAUGAAAAGACAGACUUUGAGCGUGUGCUUAGUGUUAACGUUACAGGGGUCUUUCUUGGCAUGAAACAUGCUGCUAGGGUUAUGGUUCCCGCACGAGCUGGCUCAAUAAUAUCGACAGCUAGUAAUGCUUCAAAUAUUGGUGGUGUGGCCACACAUGCUUACACUUGUGCAAAACAUGCUGUAACUGGUUUGACCAAGAAUUUGGCAGUAGAGCUUGGACAAUUCGGCAUUCGAGUCAAUUGUUUGUCGCCUUACGCAGUAGCCACACCAAUAGCCACAAAUUUUCUUGAGAUGGAUAGCGAAGCGGUGGAGAACAAGGCGAACUUACUUGCAAACCUCAAAGGUGUGACGCUUAAAGCUGAUGAUAUUGCUAAAGCAGCCCUUUUCUUGGUGAGCGACGAGGCAAAGUACAUUAGCGGGCAAAACUUGUUUAUCGAUGGUGGAUUUGGUAUUGUUAAUCCAUCGUUCAGCAUGUUUCAAUACCCCGAAAGCCUUUGAAUUGGAAAUUUUAAAAUAAGACAUUUACGUACAUGUAUACACGCAUGUAUACGUCUAGAAAAUAAUAUUGUUUUCUACGCUAAACAAAUAUCCUACUCUAUAAGUGUUUAGUGUUUAAAUUAUUUUUUUUGUUAGCUGCAUGUAAUAUAUUAUGUUAUGUAUACCGUAUAUCACACGGGUUGAAAAUGUAACUUAUUUAAGUAUUAAAUAUUCAACAUAAUUUAAUUG